AUGGUCUACUACUUCACAUCCAAUGUGGUGAACCCCUCAGCCUUCAUCUACGUCGGCAAAGACAAAUUCGAGAACGAGGAUCUGAUCAAGUUUGGCUUGGACCAUGAUGUCUGUGCCCACGUCUAUUUGCGCAUGCGCGACGGAGAAAUUUGGGAUCAAAUCCCCCAAGACCUUUUGGAAGACUGCGCACAGCUGACCAAAGCGAAUUCCAUUGAAGGAAAUAAGAAAGAAAACAUCACUAUCAUCUACACCCCUUGGUCGAACCUCAAAAAGGAUGGCUCCAUGGCCACGGGCCAAGUCUCCUUCCACAAUCCCAAGCUGGUGCGCAAGAUCUUGGUUCGGGAGCGAGAGAACCCGAUUGUCAAUCGACUCAACAAGACCCGGGUCGAGAAGUUCCCCGACCUCCGCGCAGAGAAAGAAGAAUUCUCCAAGAAGAAGCGACACGCCGAGCGCAAGCUUCGAGACCAGCAGAAGGAAAAGGACAAACAGGAGAAGCGGGAUCGCGAGCAGCUGAAGUGGCAGAAGGACCAUGCCUACGACGACAUGUUCACUGUAGAGAAUAUGGAGGCAAGUAGCAACCAAGACAGAGAUCCCGACUUCCUCGAUGACUUUAUGUGA